CGUUUUCAAGAUGGCGACUCCCUAUGUAACUGAUGAGACCGGCGGCAAGUAUAUUGCCUCCACACAGCGACCUGACGGGACCUGGCGGAAGCAGCGGAGAGUGAAAGAAGGCUAUGUGCCACAAGAGGAGGUUCCAGUGUAUGAGAAUAAAUAUGUGAAGUUUUUCAAGAGUAAACCAGAACUGCCCCCAGGACUGAGUCCUGAGGCCACUGCUCCUGCCACCCCAUCCAGACCUGAAGGUGGUGAACCAGGCCUCUCCAAGACAGCCAAACGCAACCUGAAGCGGAAGGAGAAGAGGCGGCAGCAGCAAGAGAAGGGAGAGGCAGAGGCCUUGAGCUGGACUCUCGAAAAGGUGUCCCUGGGAGAGACAUCCCAACUCCCCAAUGCUCUGCAGGGCUCCCGUGCAGUCCCUACAGCUGUCUCUGACCAACCUGACUCAGCUACCACCACCGAGAAAGCCAAGAAGAUAAAGAAUCUAAAGAAGAAGCUGCGGCAGGUGGAAGAGCUGCAGCAGCGGAUCCAGGCUGGAGAGAUCAACCAGCCCAGCAAAGAGCAGCUGGAGAAGCUGGCAAGGAGGAGGGCACUGGAGGAGGAGCUGGAGGACUUGGAGCUAGGCCUGUGAGGCCUUUGGGGAAUAGGGAAUGGACUGCAGAACAAACCAUGGGGCUCUCUGGGGUCCUGGGGGAUAUGGGCAGCAGCAGUCAGGAGGGGUACUUGCCAUACUUGGCUCACUUCCACCUCUUGCUUCCCAACUCUGUCCUCCAGGAUCUAGCCUCUCCCUCAUUUCUUCCCUUCCCAGCGCCUAAUUUUUGGACUUCCCCCUUCCCAUUCCCAGUGUUCAGAAUCUCAGUGACUACCCCAAGUACCUCAAAGGUACCCCAGGUACCUUUGCUGCUGAUUUGGGUGUUUUGUUUAAAAGAAAAUUGGGUGGGUAGCAAUCUCAGAGCUGAGAUUGGGGGUAGGGAGACUACACCCAAGUCUUGGAGUCUUGGUUCCUGUUCACAGUGUUUUGGGGUUAUUCCCCCUUCAUCCCACCUUCCCCCUCCUCUUUUUUUUUAAAGAACAAGAAUAAACCCAAGUAGACAUGUC